AUGGCCGACAUCAAAAGCAUGUUCCACCAAUUCUACGUUACUGAGAAGCAUCUCCUUCGCUUUCUCUGGUGGGAAGACGGCAAUCCAAAUUCCAACGUGAUCGAAUAUCGGAUGAAGGUGCAUCUCUUCGGAGCGACAAGCUCACCAGGUUGUGCCAACUUUGGUCUCAAGAGGGCAGCAGAUGACGGUGAAGAGGAAUUUGGGAGUGAAGCUGCCAACUACAUUCGUAAGGAGUUCUACGUAGACGAUGGACUGAAGUCGGUAUCGACAUCGGAAGAAGCUGUUGCACUGCUGAAGUCAGCACAAGGGAUCUGUGAAAAAGCAGGGCUUCGACUUCACAAAAUCAUGUCGGACAAGAAGGAAGUUUUGCAAAAAUUCGCAACAGACGACAUGUCCAAGGGCCUAGCUGAUCUGAACCUCGAUGUCGAUCCUCCACCUCUGGAGCGUGCUCUUGGUGUAGUCUGGUGUGUUGAGAGCGACAGUCUCCAAUUUCGAAUAGAGCUCCAUGAUCGACCCCUUACCAGGAGAGGUGUCUUGUCAACUGUCUGCUCUAUAUAUGACCCUUACGGCUUCGCUAGUCCAGUGACUCUACGUGGCAAGCAGAUCUUGCAGAGUUUAUGCCGAAGCGAAAUCGACUGGGAUAGCCCAAUUCCAGAAGACAUCAGACCACUGUGGGAGAAACGGAGAAUGGAAAUAAGCGAACUGGAAAACUUAAAGAUUCCACGCUGCUACAAGCCCAAGAACUUCGGUUCAGUCAAGCAUGCUGAGUUACACCAUUUUUCUGACGCCAGUCAAAAUGGAUAUGGUCAGUGCUCAUACCUUCGACUUGUGAAUGAAGAGGGUGAAUUAUCGUGUUCUCUUGUCAUCGCUAAGUCUAGAGUGACCCCUCUCAAGCACCAAACCAUUCCAAGACUCGAAUUAGCUGCUGCUGUUAUCUCGACCAAAAUGAGUGCGUUUCUUCGCAAAGAACUAACAUAUCAUGAGAUUCGUGAAUACUUCUGGACAGACAGCAAAAUCAUGUUGGGGUACAUCAGCAACGAGUCCAGAAGGUUUCAUGUCUAUGUAGCCAAUCGAGUGCAACAAAUACGCAACGUAUCUGACCCUGCGUCUUGGUACUACGUAGACACUUCAACCAAUCCAGCAGAUGAUGCUGCUCGAGGACUCACAGCAAAAGAUUUGUUGGACACUGUUGGAGAACAGCUUUUGGCAAAUCCAUUUCUGGAUAGCAAAGGUCUAAUAAGAGUUGGAGGUCGAAUUCAGAGGGAAACUAUACCAGACGAUGUGAAACACCCGGUCAUUGUCCCCAGAGAUGCUCAUCUGACAGCACUUCUAAUUCGGCAGUACCAUGAAGAAGUGAAUCAUAUGGGCAGAGGAUCGACUCACAAUCAACUUCGUCAGGCUGGUUACUGGGUGAUAGGUGGUUCGUCAGCUGUCUCAUCCAUCAUCACCAAGUGUGUGACCUGCAAGCGACUUCGUGGACCUCUGGAGAAGCAGAAGAUGGCAGACCUCCCGACAAACAGACUGGAACAGGCUCAUCCAUUCUCUUACUGUGCUGUCGAUUAUUUUGGGCCGUUGUCGAUUACCGAGAAACGAAGCACAGUGAAGCGAUAUGUAGCACUGUUCACCUGCAUGGCAUCCAGAGCUGUUCAUCUGGAAUCAGCCAACAGCCUCGACACCAGUUCCCUCAUCAACUGUCCUCGAAGAUUCGUUAAUCGCCGUGGACCUGUUCGACAAAUUCGCUCUGACAGAGGAACUGCUUUCGUUGGUGCUAGGAAUGAGCUCCGAGACGCCUUGAAACAGAUGAACCAAGACAAGAUUCAGCAUUAUCUUGUUGAAAAUAACACUGACUGGAUUCCCUUCAUCUGUUCAUCUGUUCAUAAUGAAUCCACCUCAUGCAUCACACAUGGGCGGAGUAUGGGAGCGCCAGAUUGA